AUGCCCUUAGGAGCUUUCGCUUCGUCUCUAUCGGGUGGUUUCGGUGGUGGACCAGGUUUCAUGCCGAUGCCAUCAUCUCAUAUGAACCCUUCUUCGUGGUAUAGCGGGACCAGUUCGUAUGGUCAGCCUCGACCCCAUCCUUUUUUCCAAUACCAGAACCAGCAACAACAGCCACCAUGGAAUCAAUCAUAUUCUCAACCUUGGCAAUCUCAGUACCCCUCUGAUUGGUCCGCGCCUCCUCCAUGGUCAGGAUACGGAUAUGCGAACGAAUACCAAGAUCAAUCCAACUCAUAUUGGUACAAUGGGGAUGGAGCAUACCCACCAGAGGAAUCAAUUCAAUCGGAAUCCCCCACAAGGGGAGCUGGCACACCCGUCUCCGAAGAGCCUACCCUCCUGAACAACCCAGUAUGGGACCCCUCUUCGGCCUGGACAGGAAGUUCCACGGUCCAAGGCUCUUUCAUGGAGUACUGCCAAGAAGCCUACAGAGUAAAAUCAGCUUCGAAAGCGGACUCCAGCAGGAUCAGAGAAAAGAUCGAACAGGCUAUAUCGGAGAAUAAUCAUCAGAUGGUCGAAGAAUACAACGCGCUUGCACGGAGUUUUCGUGACAUCACUGCGUCUUUACCGGAACAUGUGAAAGGCGAUUUAGGUGUGACUCAAUUCAGCGAGUUGCUCAAAGACUUGGGACAGAGCAUACAGAGCUCAACCGGACUUGCAACUGAGCUAACGCAGAAGACACAAAAGGAAGUAGAUGACCUGGAGAGCAUGCUGGAGCUGAGACCGCGAAAGGGUUAUUUGGGAAAUAUGGAUCUCGGGUUAAAGCUGAUUAGAAUGAUGAAGCUAUCCAAUACGGCCGCUACCGAGACAGGCACUGGAACUGGCACUGGAAGACGUACCAAUAUCUUCGCUGGUGCCAGCGCAGGUAAUCCAUUCGCUCAAUGGUCCAAUCUAUUCGGAUUCGGUAACGGAUUCAACAAUUACAACACAGGUAAUCCCUUCGGAUACGGUAGUCAAUACCAAAAUACCGCCGCUCAGAUCCCCACCCUUUCGGCUCUAUUCUCAAAUUUGUAUAAUCGAUCGCAAAACCAGAAUCUGAAUAGUCCAUACGGUGGUCCGGGCGUAUCGUUCGGGCCAGGUAGCUUUGCUAAUCUCAAUCGAUUUGGCGCCUUGUAA